CGUCAAACUCCUAGCAGCAAUCCAGGUAUGGGUAGCCGCGGCUAAUCUCCGAGCGACGGCUCGCAGGCAACUCAGGACGAGAAGCCGCCGAGAGAUCUAUUCCUCGUUGGCUUGCGGGCCAACAACACCAGUUUCCCCCACAAUCCGACCAAGAUCGACAAGCCCUUCCGGAAGUACAUGGUCAGCCACGGAAGCGAGAAUGUCUACUCCGCAAGGGUGAAGUUUGGCCUCCGAUCGUCCCCUCAGAGAUGGGGACAAGAACCCAUCUUUUGCGUUCAGCGCUUCGGGAGGACUGAGACAAAGCUGCCCGACGGCCGCAUUGUGUACAUUGUCGGCGAGCAUGAAGACUCCUACGACCCCGAUUUCUACAUCUACAAUGACGUCGUCGUCGUCCAUAAAGCCGGAAGCAAUGCAGGGGGUGAAAGCGCGGCCACAGGGGCAGUUGACGAUUCUGACCGGGACUCGGACUCGAUCUCGGACUCUGAGUUGCCUGAUUAUCUGCCAAAGCGCAGAGAAGAAGAGUUGGCCGACAAUCUCAUGGGCGCGACAUUGGCGGCUGGUGCGGAUCCGGCCGACAUCGACAUAUACGGCUACCCAACCGACGUGUUCCCGGGGACCGACUUCCACACGGCGACGUACGUCAGAGAGGAGGGAAGCAACGGGAAGGAAUACAUCUACAUCAUCGGUGGCCUGGGCUACAUUACCAGCCCGCACCGUGCAGCAACGAUGACCCACCGCCUGGACCUGCAGGACCACACCAUCCAGCGCAUCGAGACGACCGGAGAAGCCCCUCCGCCACUGGCCGGGUCCAAGACAGAGCAGAAGGCACAGCUGCAUGGGGACCGCAUUGUGUACACAGUAGGUUCGGACACUUAUGUUUUGUCUCUUGCGGAUAUGCGAUGGUCGAGAGACCAGGCACAUGCGGAAAGUCCUGCUGUGGGUUGACAAUUCGUAGGGGUGUCACGGGGUACUGAUCGUUGGCUCGCUUCAUGCAACAAUGCGAAGCUGGGAUGUUUCGACAGCAUCUAAUUGAACGGCGACACUGGGGUUUCGAAGGUGUUUGGAAAUCAAACGAGAAGAGAGGUACACUCUGCUGGAGGCGCGAGCAAGCGGACAGGGCGAAGAUCAAGUCUGACUGGAAGCUCGGAAACCAGCAAACCCGGUUCGGCGUGUGAAACAAGAGAACACCUGGAGCCAGUUGGCUGCUUCUUGUCCGCUCGCUGCAAGCGCGGAGGGUACAAGAGAUGAAGUUUCGGUAAUUUCUGAAAUGGCACACCAAUUCCACGACACGGACCAUAGCAAUGGAAGUCCAAACAAAC